AUGUGGGGCACAGCGGGCACGGGGGCACGGAGCAUCCGUCCCUACCAGUCCAGCGAGCAGUACCUGUAUGCCAUGAAGGAGGACCUGGCAGAGUGGCUGAAGGAGCUCUAUGACCUCGACAUCGAGGUGGGCACCUUCUUGGAGGUGCUGGAGACAGGGGCUGUGCUUUGCUCCCAUGCCAACCACAUCACCCAGGUGGCUGGGGAGUUCACCCGUGCCUGCCCGGAUGUGGCCCAGCACCUCCACCUGCCCACCACUGGUGUCACCUGCAACCUCACAGCACAGCCAGGCACCUUCCAGGCCAGGGACAAUGUCUCCAACUUCAUCCAGUGGUGCAGGAAGGAAAUGGAUAUCAAAGACGUCCUGAUGUUCGAGACAGAGGACCUGGUGCUGAGGAAGAACGAGAAGAACUUUGUGCUGUGUCUGCUGGAGCUGGCACGCCACGCUUCCCGCUUCGGAAUGCGCGCCCCGACCCUGGUGCAGAUGGAGGAGGAGAUCGAGGAGGAGAUCAGGCAGGAGCUGGACCUGCCUCCCAUGGACACCGCCCUGCCCCGGCCCCCCAGGAAACCACGGGACCUCAACAACCUCGACCAGAUGGUCCAGCACCUGGUGAGCUGCUGUACUUGCCCUGUCCAGUUCCCCAUGAUCAAGAUCUCGGAAGGGAAAUACCGUGUGGGGGACUCUGACACUCUCAUCUUCGUCAGGAUCCUGCGGGAGCACGUCAUGGUGCGGGUCGGGGGCGGCUGGGACACGCUGGAGCACUACCUGGACAAGCACGACCCGUGUCGCUGCACCUCGCUCUCUCACAAACAAGCCUGCAAAGCCCGGAGCCCGCAGCAGCAAGUGCAGCACGAGGUCCGGCUGUGCCCGGCCCCGAGAGCGGCCGCCCGCAGACCCCAGCCCGCACUGCUGGUCAGCCGCUCCCAGAGCCCCCUGCCCCCCGUCACCUGGGGGCUCCGUGUCCCCCUCGGCCCCCGGUCCCCUGCUCCCCCCUCGACAGAGGGCUCGGGUCGCCAGCAGAGUGCCAGCCCUCACCGGCAGCCAGAGCAGCCCCGGAGGGUCCCUUCGGGCAGGAUGCGGGAGCCACCCGCUGUCCCUCUGGGGAAGCAGCCGCCACCAUCCCGGUCACCUGCUCGAUCCAGCUCCCCUGGACACGGGGCGAGGGGCCGGGCACCCACCCCGUCCCGACUGAGCUUCCCGAACGGGGCGGGGGUCCCCAGGACACCGCAAGGGACCAGCCCGGGAAAAACCACCCCGCUGGCACCGGCACGGGGCAGGUCCGCAGCACCCAGCCCACGGACGGUACCAGCACCUCCAAGAAGCGUCCAGCAAGGAGGAAAAUCAUCCGUGGUGGCUGCCAAGCCGCAGGAAACACGGGCACCCACCACGGUGACGCCCCGAGCCCCCAGUCCCUUAAAGGUCCGUGUCCCCUCCUCGCACCGGGAUGGCCCGGGAGACUCACAGAGCCUGAAAAGCCCACGGGAAGGGACACAGGGAGCCCUUGGCCGGGGCCGACAGCCCUCACCCCGAAAUUCCUCCAGCCAACCCCCGAAACUGGGCAGCGGCGUUAAACCCUCCAUCAAAGCCAGCCCGGCCGCGUCCCGGCCCCCCACUCCUCUGGGCCGUUCUGCAGAGGGCUGCAAGGUCUGUGCCGCUGGGGACGGUCCCCAGGGGACACGGCAGUGCCACCCGGCCCCGAACCCAAGGGCUGGGCGUGCUCAGGGACAUCGGGUGCCAGGGGAUGAAGCCGGGGGAGCCUGUGGCAGCGGGGCAGAGGGGCUCCGGGGGUGCUGUGGGAGCACGCAGCCCCCCGGCUAUGACAGGGUGGUGGAGGAGCUCUCCCGCGGACCGCAGCCCCUGCGCCCCGUGGGGAUGCGGAGCCACCUCCCCAAAACACCCGCACGAGCUGCCCCGCAGCCCCCAGCCCCGGGAGAGGCAGAGCGGCCGGGACUGGGGGGACAGACCCCUCGGGGACCCAGGGCCAACGCCAUCGCCAAGCCUCGGCGGUGCCUGAAGAAGCCCGAGCGUGUGCCCUCCAUCUACAAGCUGAAGCUGCGGCCCAAGGUGCGUCCCCGGCGGGACCACAGGCCGGGCAAGCGCCCCUCGCGCAUCCCCACCCCACUGGGGCAUCGCCCCCCUGCCCCCCGGGGCCAGCACCGUCCCCCGGGACCCCCCCGAGCCCCCCAGACCGACGGCACACGCCCCACGGCCAAGCCAUCCCUGGGUGACAGUGGCACCUGGCUGACGGAGGAUGAUGAGGAGUCGUGGGUCUGA